AUGCGCGCUGUGCGCAUCGUGCUCCUCUUUCUGCAAAGUCUCGGUCGGUUUGCGGGCCUUUCCCUCUUGGGAUGCCCGGCAGAGAAGGAUGCACGAAGAACUUCGCAAACUCGCAUGAAGCAGAUCUUCUACAAGAUGCUCGACAGAACAGGGCCCGGGCGCCCGGUUGAGUUGCUCAAGGUCGAGGUGCUGAGGGACUUGGAGCUGCUGAUGACUGAGCACGGCGAGACCGCGGAGCUUCGGCACGUUCCCAAAGCGGCCCAAGCCUUCGCGAGUUCAGAGCGGCUGCCGUGUUUGCCCGGGAUCCUCGGCACGGAGCUCCUGCAGCUGCUCUGGCUAGAAGGUCUUGGCGGCCAAGAGGUCCAGGCUGUGGAACUGCUGCUCGAGAGCCACCGGCACUUCACGUUUCUACGUGUGACUUCAUGGGCGUCGCUUCUGCAGUUGGGUUACGGCCUGAUCUUUGCUCUUGGCCAGAUGUCCUGUGCAGCCAUACCACCUCCUGAGAAUGAUGCUGCCGCGGCUGCGGAGCACUUUCACGGAUCUUGGCCCGGGUCGCUGCCCACUGAGGCGACUGUCUUCAAGCAAUUUCAUGUGCUGGCGGGGUUCGAGUACCGCCGCUGUGCCCGCCGGUUCUUGGGCCACGACAGAGCCGACAGAGCCUUGGCCAGCUGCGCUGGGCCGAGAGGGUCGAGACACCGCAGAGGCGCCGGGCGCAGAGUUGUUGGCGACGGCGACGCCUGGCCUCACCGGCAGCUGGUGCUUCUGGCUGCACGGCAACCCUGGGCCUGCGGCUUGGCCUGCCGCUGGGCUGUGGCCUUUGCGAGUCUGGCGCAGGCUCUCCGCGAUGGCGAUGGCAGCAGGCCGCUCUCGGAAGACCAGCGUAAGCUCGUCCAGGCCGCGCAGGACGAGUUGCAACAGGUGGAAGCAGCGAUCUGGAGCUUGGAUGGACGCGACCAGGUGAAGACGUGCUGCGCCUUGUCGCGUGCGUACCCGGUCUGGGCUCUCCUGGCAUGGCUUCAGCUCGGCAGUUCCAAGCUGGAAGGGCGCUUUCCUGUUGACUCAUCAAUGCCACAGCGGUUCCCGAAUCAGCCGCCCCCACCUACGCUAGCCAAGCUCUGCGACCGGGUCCAAUGGCCUCUUGCACAGAGCCUAACAGCACAGGGCACGCUGGCGGUGUAUUUUCUGGUGAAGACUGUCGGAGGGUUGCUGGACGAGUUUGGUGUCAAAUGGUGGAUGUCCUCGGGUGGACUUCUGGGUGCACUCAGAAAUGGUGGUAUCUUGCCACAGGAUUGUGACGUCGACAUCGCAGUCUGGCGUCCGGAUGCUCACCAUAUGGUGCGAAUUCCUUUUCGCACCGCGCUGGUGGCUGCAGGCAUCGCGAUGUAUCACAUGCCUAUCUACCUUCAGUACCGCUUCUGCCUACUGCAGAUCCCGGCUGCUGCAGACUUGCGGUCUGUGGAUGGUGGCCUGGCCUGCCAUUUGCCCUACAUCGACGCCCACCUGGCUGACCGAAGCUCUGCACAGGAUUGGCACUACAUCCACCGAACCGAGCUCCGAUACGCGCAGAGCUUCCCUUUGGGGGGGCUCCUCGGGCCUGCUGGUGAGGACCGGCGUGAGCGACGACUCUUUGGAAGUGUCCAUGUUUGGACCAUCAGACAGAAGGAGGCGGAGCAAUACCUAAGCAGUUUGUAUGGGCACGACUGGAAGACUACGCUGCGGGCUCGCUAUGGCCAGCUUGUCCACAACAGCAGCGAAGGAUUCCGCAGUCUCAUUGCUCGUCCCACAGGCCCUUUGCGGGACGUGAUCCAGGAGCAGCGGCUCGUGGGCAACUUGCUGCCCGGAGCAGCUGUCGACUGUCGAGCAGCCUUUAUGCAAUUCAUGCACCAUCCGGGAUACAUGGCCAUCGACUCAGUCAGUGUGAAUUCACGCUUUCGGAAGCAGUCCACCUGCCGCGAAUUUGAAGGCCAUGGUGCAGCAGCAGAUGGGGAUGAUGCCGCCCCACAUGAUGCAGAUGGGCAUGAGGCCACUCUUUCCGCCUUUUGCCGAGCGAGGCCUAGCGAGUUCACAAGCGUAAAGUUCGAUGAGCUUUGCGCAGGCAAGCGAUCCUCCAGCAGCGAGAGCAAGUCGGCUGAAGCGCUGACAAGGAUGGAAGGCAAUGUUUUCCCCCUGUCAGCUUUCCUCGACUGGUCUAUGACCGCAGCUAUCUACCUAGUUGUGGCUUCGCCGGUGGAUUCAUGGAAUUCCUUCUUGCAGGAGUUGUGGGGAAAGUGGGGAAGUGCCGAGACUAAGCCUGCGCGAAACGGCCGUGGACUGGGCACUUUUGCAGCUCUGAACAGCUCACGGGCCGACGUUGUCAGUUUUUUCCCUGAGGCUUACGAAGCCUCUGGAGAUCCGAUAGAGGCUGGCGCCAAUGUGCAGGCGACGGACCAUAUGGGCUGGACUCCGCUGCACCGCGCAUGCUUCGCAGGGCUGGCGGAGGUGGCAGGACUGCUGCUUCGACAGCGAGCGAAUCCAUCGGCAGCUGACAACGAUGGACUCCAGCCUCUACAUGUGGCGGCUGCGGGAGAGCAUUUGGAAUGCUGCCGACACCUUUUGGCUGCACGUGCAGAUCCGCGUGUCCCAGAUGCGUAUGGUGGCAUGAGUGCGCAGAUGCAUGCCCUCACAAAGGAGGGUGAUGAAGGUACUGCGCUGCGCGCACUGUUGGGAGAGCCCAGUCUGAGCCUUUUUGCGGCGUGGGACGAUCCUUUGGCCGUGGCAAGGCACUUGGCUGAUGCAACCGAGGAUCAGGCCAGAGAGGUUGAGGAAUGGCUGCAAAGGCCGCAGCUACAGUGGAGGGUCGUGCCAGGAGGAGGUGGAGACCGGUCGGAAGACGAGGUGGAUUGA